UUUCCCUCAUCACCCGUCACCACCACCGCCCAACCUCCCAUCUCUUCCGCCUUUUCCUCGCCGAUUCAGUUGCCCCAUCCACGCCAUGCCCUGCCACCGGGCUUGUCUUGGGUCCCGAUACCAUUUUAAAUUUUGUUAUACACUCUGUACUCCUAACUGUUCCCUUCUAUGUUCUCCAAAGCCACCGCCGCCGCAUCUGCCUUUGCUUCCGUCUUCCGGUAACCCACCCCGCCCCCAUCCCUCGGGAAAGACUCUACUUCUUCUCAGUUUGAUCUCCACAGCUACUUUAGUCGUCGCCAUCUUCAUGCUUUGUCUUCUUGUCAAGAAAUUGAAGGAGUAUCGUAACUCCAGACAGAACGGGCCGCCUCUGUUCGAUGUCCACAGAGAGAACCUCCCCGAUGACGAUGAAGAAGGACCCGUCCUUGACCACCACGUAUGGUACAUCAACACCGUCGGUCUCCAGCAAUCGAUCAUCGAUUCAAUCACCAUGUUCAAGUACAGGAAGGACGAGAAACUAAUCGAAGGAUCAGACUGCUCGAUCUGCCUCGGGGAGUUUCAAGACGACGAGAGCCUUCGACUGUUGCCUAAAUGCAGCCACGCCUUCCAUGUUCCCUGCAUCGACACGUGGCUGAGAUCGCACAAAAACUGCCCCCUUUGUCGUGCUCCAGUGCUGUCCAACUCCGCCGCCCCUAAUUUAGUCCCCAUCGAACCUAUCGGAAACCAGCCGCCGGCGAUCGAAGAUACCCAAAUGGAAACAGAGGCCGUCGAGGAAGAAAACAGAGGAAAUGAAAACAGUGGAGAAGGGGGUAGCAAUAGUGGAGGGAAUUCUGAAAUUCCCAUCAAAGGGCUGUCUCGGACUUUGAGUGAUUUGACUGAGAAUCAAGUUCGCGAGGCUGUGGAAGACGAAGGACAAGCGAUAAGAAGGUCGGUUUCUAUGGAUUCAGUUUCUGCAAUGGCGAUUUAUCAGGCGACGGCCAAAAUACAAAUUCCAGAAGAAGGUUCUUCUUCAAGUGGGGCGUUAGUGGAAGUGAAGAAUUCAGUCUCUUCGAGGAAUGUUCCCUUUCCAAAGCGGGGAGUCGGAAAUCAGAGCUUGUAUAAUCUCGUGAAGAGCAUUCCAUUUGGGCGUUCUGUGCAAAAGGGUGGGAUCUCGAUGAAAAUGUUAAGUUCGGGUAGAAGGAAGAUACAUUGGGCCAGGCAUUACAGAAGCCAGAGCUCGGUCCUUCCGAUGUGAGAAAUAAAGAAAUCUUAAUGUCUGCGGAAGUCACAAUCUUUUCUGUACAGUUCCAAGAAGCUGCCCUGCUCCUACACGUGUCUGAUAAGGUGUUCAAGCUGCUGCAACUCUGGUCUGUUCUGUUGGGGGUUUUUUUAAAAGGUAAUAUACGAA